AUGAAGCUGACUCUGGUGCAAAUCUUUUUUGUGUUGUUGCUGCUGUUGCUGGGCUUGGGGAUGGGCCUGGGGUUGGGGCUUCGGAUGGCUGCAGCAGUCCUGGAAGACAGUGAGGAAUCACUGAGUGAAUUUUGGUCCAGUGACUCACAGGACAAAGCCAAGGCUACUGAGGAGGCAGAAGGCAUCCGAACAACAGAAACCCUGCUGCUUAGCAACAAAGGGGUGGUACAACCUGGCUGGCCAGAAGACUCCAUCCUCAAUGAAGAUGAAGUUGGAGGAAACAAGAUGCUCAGAGCUGAGGGUCUCUUUCAGAGCAACAAAGACUAUCCCAGGCUUGACCUGAUGGCCCGGGAAUGCAAUGCCUUGAUGGCACACAAGAUGAAGGAGCACAACCACACAUGCAUAACCCAGUACACGUUCGUCCAUGAGGAGCUAGACACAGUCAGAGCUGUCUGUAAUGGUCCUGUUGUUGCCUGUGAGCUCCAGGGAGGCAAGUGUCACAAAAGCUCCCGUCCUUUUGAUUUGACACUUUGCAAGUUAUCCCAACCAGGCCAAGUCACUCCUCACUGCAAUUACCUAACUUUCAUUUUUGAAAAAUUCAUUAUUAUAUCCUGUAAUGACAUGAAGCUCCAGGUAUCUUCUGGAAAAUGA